UAAUGAAGUAUGUGACUAAAACGUAAUAUAAUAAUGUGCGUCACUUCCGGUUGUCGAGAUACUCUUUGUUGGGAUUGAUGAAAACAUUGGCACACUUGCACAAUCUUCCAAAAAGAAUAGUCAUCUAAACCUGUCAACCGCAAUGUCAACAGACAUGAAGAGCCAGAACUCGGAGGAGUCGGACUACAGCGACCAGUCUGAUGGCAUGGAGGACGACGAUGAUGAGGAUGAGUAUCAGGAUCUCCAUGAUUAUUAUAACGAAACAGACGACCUUGACCUUGAGAAGCCAAAGAAAUGUGACGACCCCGAGUACUUUGAGUACGAGCUGCUCCAGAUGGAAGACGUGGAUAGGCUACUGAACGAGGAAAUAGAAGCACUAUGUACCCCUCUAAAGAUUACACCAUCACUUGCCAAAAUGCUGCUACUAACCCACGACUGGAGGAGAGAGUACAUCCUGGACGGACAUCAAAAGGAUCCUGCUCAACUUCUUGUCGACUCUAAAAUCAGGAGUUCCAAAAAAUACGAUGAGAUGAUGUCAGGCAGCUCCCAUGUCUGUCGUGUGUGUGUGUGCCCGAGUCCUAAGGAGAACUUCCACGCCCUCAACUGUGGCCACGCCUUCUGUGCUGAUUGUUGGGACAUGCAUUUCCAAGUCCAGAUAAAACAGGGAGUCACUAUAGGUAUCGAGUGCAUGGGCAAGGACUGCCCUGUGCUGGUCCCAGAGGACUUCCUGUGCAGUAUACUUAGUGAUACAACUCUCAGGGACAAAUAUUCCAUGCUCUCCUUCAAUGAUCUCGUCAAGAACCACCCGCAAUUGAGGUUCUGCCCAGGUGCUAACUGUUCGGUGAUUGUUCGUGCCAAGGAGUCCCUUGCUAAGAAGGUGCUGUGUUCCCAGUGUAACAACUCCUUCUGUUUCCGCUGUGGUAACGAGUACCAUGCCCCCACCGACUGUGAAACAAUCAAGCGCUGGCUCACAAAGUGUGCAGACGACUCUGAGACAGCCAACUACAUCAGCGCCCACACAAAAGAUUGUCCAAAGUGCCAUGUAUGCAUAGAGAAAAAUGGAGGAUGCAACCAUAUGCAAUGUUCCAAAUGCAAGUAUGACUUCUGCUGGAUGUGUCUUGGAGACUGGAAGGCCCAUGGGAGUGAGUACUACGAGUGCAGUCGUUACAAGGAGAACCCCAACAUUGCCAACGAGUCUGUGCUGGUGCAGGCCCGGGAGGCGCUGAAGAAAUAUCUGUUCUACUAUGAGCGGUGGGAGAAUCAUGCCAAGAGUCUGAAGCUGGAGGAGCAGACGUUGAUGAAGAUCCGAUCUCGCAUCCAGGACAAAGUGAUGACGAACGAGGGCACGUGGAUAGAUUGGCAGUACCUCCUUGAUGCAGCCACGCUGCUAAAGAAGUGCCGAUACACUCUGCAGUACACGUACCCCUACGCAUACUACAUGGACAAGGGAGGACGCAAGCAGCUGUUUGAGUACCAGCAGGCACAGCUGGAGGCGGAGGUGGAAAAUCUUUCCUGGAAGGUGGAGAGAGCUGAGAUUACAGAUAGAGGGGACCUAGAAAACCAGAUGGAUAUCGCAGAGAAGAGGAGGCUGACCUUGCUAAAGGAUUUCCUUCAAGUUGCUUAACAAGGGCUACAAGUUGUUUUAUGUUAUUUAAGUCACCUGUAAAUCAUAAUCACUGAAUUGUCAAGCUGUUCAUGAAAGUUGUCCUCAUCUUCCUCACACAAAUAUCAGAAAAGCGUUAGAAAGUACUGUCAUACACAAAAUCAAAAUAAAUCCCAGAUUUUCCCCAGGCUGCUUAGUCACCUUCAGGCUAUGGUCACGGCUUUCAUUUAUUGGUGUAAUGACUUCGAGCUUCCUCUCACGAAAAUACUAUCACUGCCAGGAUCUCGCUGUCAUAUAGAAUGCAAUUUGCAAAACUGGACUUCCAAAAAAGAUGGAUCCUCUUUAAAGGUGGUUGUACUUCAAGGCUUCUGUGUUAACAAGCCGUCUGUAUUAUGAGGUGUCUGCAUUACAAGGUGUCUGGAUCACAAAAUAUCUGUAUUACAAGGUGCCAGUUUUACACACUGCCGCUUUUAUGUGUGGUCUGUAUUACGUGGUGUUAGUGUUAGAAACUGCCUGUAUAACGACAUAUCUGCAUUACAAGGUGCCUGCAUUAUUGACUUUCUGUAUAACAUGGGGUCUGCAUUACAAGGUGCCAGUGUUACAGACUGCAUGGGGUUUGUAUUACUAGGUGUCUGCAUUACAAGGUGCCAGUGUUACAGACUGCAUGGGGUUUGUAUUACUAGGUGUCUGCAUUACAAGCUGCCAGUGUUACAGACUGCAUGGGGUUUGUAUUGCUAGGUGUCUGCAUUACAAGGUGCCAAUGUUACAGACUGCAUGGGGUUUGUAUUGCUAGGUGUCUGCAUUACAAGGUGUAGAUAUUUGUGGUGGAAGAUGAGGGUUGUUGUUAGUUUUGUGUGGAACGAAGCAGUGUAAAUACUGAUGUAAGAUAUUGUGUUUCUGUAUCCAACAUGCUGCAUGGAUGUGCUGAAUCCAGUACUGAUGGAUGUUUGACUACUUUGUUAUAUCAGGGAUGCAGAUGUUUACUUUAUAACCUCAGAUGUGACCUGGUCUUAAGGGGAGACUUUCCCCACAUUCUGCCAACAUGGUUACUUUAUAACCUCAAUUACAGUAUAUGCUUGUCUUAAAGGGAGACUCCCUCACAUUUUUCUUAGAUUUUAUGACCUCAGUUACAGUAUAAACUUAUUAUAAAGGGAGACUUCCCUACGUUCUUUGAAAUCUUUAUGACCUCAAUUACUGUACAGACUUGUCUUAAAGGGAGUCUCCCCUUACAUUCUUCCCAGGUUUUAUAACCUCAGUUAAAGUAUGGAUGCAUCUUAAAGGGAGACUUCUCCACAUUCUUCCAAAACUUAUAACCUCAAUUACUGUACAGACUUGUCUUAAAGGGAGACUUCCCCACUUUCUGCCCAGAUGUUUACUUGAUGACCUCAAUUACAAUAUGUUCUUGUCUUAAAGGGAGACUCACCCACAUGCUGCCUCAGUUACCAUGGUUACAUUAUAGAUUAGUCUUAAAGAGAUACUGACACCUGCACCUGUAGCCUGCAUCGGAUGAGCCCCACGUUGCUGUAAACACAAAUACUCAGCUUUCCAGGGUGAAGGAUUGUCUCCCUUUCAGCUGAUUAGUAUGGUAUUAGCUAUGGUGAAACAUGUUAUGCUACACAGGAAUAUUCCAUUGUCCGCAGAUACCAUUGUCUGACCAUGAGUGGUUAUGGGGUGUGUUUUCUAGACUUGUUAAUUCCUUGUAGGUAUUUAUCAUUCAAACAAAAACUUUGUAAUAUACUACUUAAGAGAAAUUAAAGAACAUCCAAUUCUUUCUUAUUCCUAUAGUUGAUCUGUCAUGGCAUGUUCGGGUGUUCUUUAACUGCUUUUGAGUAGAAAAAGUUUAAGAACUCCAGAUUCUUUCAUUUUACUGUAGUUAAUUGGGGGCAGUCGUCUAAUGCGCGCCAGAAACCUAUGAUUGUGGGUUCGAAUCCUGGUUAGCCCAGAUUAUGUUCCUAGGUUUGUCAGCACAUGGGUUUCACCACAGAAGUGGUAAAUGUCUGAGAGCUGCAUCACUUUGGGCUUUCCUCCCACAUUAAGCUGACACGCCGUGAUAUAACUUGAAUACUGUUAAAAGCUCACUCACUCACUCACUACUGUAGUUGAUCUGUUAUGGUAGGACAGGGAUUAUUUCAUAUAUUAGAAAGCUAACCUGUCAUGGCAUGACAGAUAAACUUGUUUAAUAUGAAAGAAUUGGGCUUUCUUUAAUUUCUUUUGAGUAAUAUAGAUAAACCUAGGCCCUUUUUUAGUUAUCCAAUAUUAAUUGCAGGUGAACCUAAGACGUUAGAUGUGUGGUGUUUUGUUUUGUCGACAAGGCGCAGUGAGCACCACAGGUCAUACUUCCAGUACCACACACACUCCUGACACACAGUUAUAUGAAGGGCCGACCGUUGGAUAUUCUGGGAGGUGCUUUGGAUUUAGUAUGGAGACUAGAUAUUCUGGGAGGUGCUUGGGAUUUAGUAUGGAGACUAGAUAUUUUUUCACCUGCAGCUGCAAAACCAGAUAUAUUUUUUGUAAUUAAACUUUUAAGCCUGAAUAUGUUUAUAAGAAUA